UAUGACGGCUGCUGGUCUUUGUUUGUCAGGAUUCAAAUCAAUGCUCUUGAGCAUUUACAGUUUACGAGUGGACAAGAAAAAGAAACGACACGAAGGAAACCACGCAACACUCACCCACAUUGUUUAAGAUGGACCGAAACCAUCUCUCCCCACCAACAGUGUCUAGGACUUCGUCUCUCCCCAGAGAGUUUAGUACUCCUUUCCAUGGCGGCCGAAGAUAAGACUCAUGUUCUUGUGCUUCCAUACCCUGCACAGGGCCAUCUCCCUCCGCUUCUGCAUCUGUCAAAGGUACUGGCUGCAAAUGGGAUACGAGUUACCAUUUUCAACAUCGAAAGCAUCCACAAACAGCUGCUGAAAAGCUGGGAUCCAUCAUCAGCUGGGAAACGCAUCCAAUUUGAGGCUCUCCCAUUUCCAGAAGAUAUUCCCUUCGGGUAUGAUGCUUCCGUGCAUGAAAAAAGAGUAGAAUUUCAUCAACUCCUGAUGUCAAAGUUGAGAGACGAAUUUGAGGCACUGGUACCAAGACUAGAGCCAGCACCUUCUUGCAUACUUGCUGAUGAAUCCCUUUUCUGGAGUAAACCAAUUGCUAAGAAGUUUGGACUUCCUUCAGUGAGCUAUUUCCCUGGCAAUGCUGCUUGGAGUUCUAUCAGCCAUCAUCUGUGUCUGCUCGCCUCCAAAGGAGUUUUCCCUCUUAGAGGUACUAAACCUUCCAUCUGUGAAGCACCCGAGUUAGCGCCUUUCGAUUUUUGCAGAUCCAGAGCGCGUGAUCGACUAUGUGCCUGGCCUUUCCCUACAAAGUUGGAGGACUUUCCUGAAUAUCUGCACCAUAUGGAGAAGGAAACAUUAGAAGGCUGGGCGAAGCACCCCGGUAAGAUGAAAGAUGCAACAUGGGUGCUGGUCAAUUCGUUUUACGAGCUAGAGCCCCACACUUUCGAUGCUAUGAAGCAGACAAUAGGACCUCGGUACUUACCUAUAGGUCCAUUGUUUCCGUUAACUUCGACAGGGUCGGGGGAAAUCAAAACAAGCCUUCGACAUGAAGAACAUGGAUGCUUAGAGUGGCUACAGACGCAAGCGGCAAGAUCAAUCCUAUACAUCUCCUUUGGAAGUUGCUCCUCAUUGUCUGAGGCUCAGUUUGAAGAAUUUAUGGAGGGCCUGGCUGCAAGCAAGCAACAAUUCUUAUGGGUGCUGAGGCCGGACACAGUCCUGAAUGGUAGAUGCGACUUGUACCAGAAAUGCACAGAACUCACAAAAGAUCAGGGCUGCUUUGUUGCAUGGGCGCCUCAGCUCAAGGUCCUGGCUCAUCCCUCAAUCGGAGGCUUUCUGACGCAUUGCGGAUGGAAUUCUACUUUUGAGAGCAUUUGCAACGGUGUACCAAUGCUCGGUUGGCCCCGACACAGCGAUCAAAGCCUCAACUGCAAACUCAUGUCCGAGGACUGGAAGAUCGGAAUGAGACUCGGCGCCUUCAGUAAAUUUCUCAAGAGAGCAGAGAUUGCAGAGAAGCUGAGCGACUUCAUGGACAAGGAGAAAAUCCUAGAAUUCAGGAUGAAUGUAAGGAAGCUGGAGAAUGCAGCCAGAGAGGCCGCAGGCCCCGGAGGAUCCUCGUACGUCAACUUGGAGUCAUUCUUUCGAGAGAUGCGUGGCGCCAUCUAAAAUCCUAUUACGUUUUCAAAAGUCUGAAGGAGAACCAUAAGAGACAUCUGGCUGGGCUUCCUUUCAUUGGGGCGAAUCUAGAUACAAGGCCACUAAUCUGCUGUGAUGAAGUCAUUGGACGAGGCUUUCCAGGUUACAGUGCUACAGUAUUGUCGGUCUCACAACCUCAACGUGAGAGAAGCUGUUGGAGUGGCCUCCUGAAAGCGAACAAGCAGCUAUUCAAUUCAGUAACUGCCUUGUUGAGCAACAACAUGCAAAGAUGGAGGAUGACGUAAACGAUCUGGAUCAAGUGGUUGCGGGGAGCACAUGUGGCAAAACACAAACCACCGGAUUUGUCAACCUGUAGAGCCGACUGGCUGAAUGCAUUAGCAACUUGCCAUCCCUGCGCCAGGGCCUCUCAACCUCUUUCAUGGGUUGCUUUGGUUAGGCAGUACUCCGAAGGAGCCAUAGGCUGGGCCUACUUUUGAUACCUUUGGCCGUCGACUAUCUGACUUUGUAACACCUGCUCAUGCUAGAGAACCAUCUUUGAAGAAGUCUCAAAUGUGGCGGCUGCGUGAUGAAGGACUCUUAGGAAGGAUGGACGUCCUCAACCACAAAUUCCAGUCCAAACUACGACAUGAGUCGUUUCUGUAAUGUGUAGAGCCCAAGUCUUCAUCCGACUCUAUGAAAAGCAGGAGGAGCGGAAGGAACAGGCGAAAAAGCAUAAACAGCCAUUCCAGGAAAAGAAGAAGAUAGAUAGAUAGCAAGAAGAAAAAGUGCUCUUCUUUUAAGUGAGGUGAUUGAAAAUGUAAUGCUAAGAAUCAAUAUGGAAUCAUAGGUCUUUGUUUA